CGGAUUUUACAUAAAAGGCAACGAAUCCGAGCAGCGCAAGCACUCGGCAGGACAGCAGGCGGAGGAGGAGGAGGAAGAAGAAGAAGAAAAAAAAAACCCAGAAGAAGCAUAAAAAGUCAUUUUCAGUUUUCAAGCUGGCUGAAACGGAGACCAUGGAUGAGAUGGAUGUGCCAACGAUGAAGAAGGAGGUGGAGAGCCUAGAGUAUCAGCUAGCCUUCAAGAGAGAGAUGUCCUCCAAGACCAUCCCAGACCUGGUGAAGUGGAUUGAAGAGCGUGUGCCACAAGAUCCAUUCCUGAACCAAGAGCUCAUGAAGAAUAAUCCCUGGGUGGAGAAGGGGAAGUGUUCUAUUCUUUAGUAGGAACGCGAGUGGGUGUGGCACUGAACAUAUCGACC